GAUGGUUGGACCAGGGACUGGACACAGGCAGGAUGGUUGGACCAGGGACUGGACACAGGAUGGUUGGACCAGAGACUGGACACAGGAUGGUUGGACCAGAGAGUGAACACAGGAUGGUUGGACCAGGGACUGGACACAGGCAGGAUGGUUGGACCAGAGAGUGAACACAGGAUGGUUGGACCAGAGACUGGACACAGGAUGGUUGGACCAGGGACUGGACACAGGCAGGAUGGUUGGACCAGGGACAGGACACAGGCAGGAUGGUUGGACCAGAGACUGGACACAGGAUGGUUGGACCAGAGACUGGACACAGGCAGGAUGGUUGGACCAGAGACUGGACACAGGCAGGAUGGUUGGACCAGGGACUGGACACAUGCAGGAUGGUUGGACCAGAGACUGGAAACAGGAUGGUUGGACCAGAGACUGGACACAGGAUGGUUGGACCAGGGACUGGACACAGGCAGGAUGGUUGGACCAGAGACUGGACACAGGAUGGUUGGACCAGAGACUGGACACAGGAUGGUUGGACCAGGGACUGGACACAGGCAGGAUGGUUGGACCAGGGACUGGACACAGGCAGGAUGGUUGGACCAGAGACUGGACACAGGAUGGUUGGACCAGAGACUGGACACAGGAUGGUUGGACCAGGGACUGGACACAGGAUGGUUGGACCAGGGACUGGACACAGGCAGGAUGGUUGGACCAGGGACUGGACACAGGCAGGAUGGUUGGACCAGAGACUGGACACAGGAUGGUUGGACCAGAGACUGGACACAGGCAGGAUGGUUGGACCAGGGACUGGACACAGGCAGGAUGGUUGAACCAGGGACUGGACACAGGAUGGUUGGACCAGAGACUGGACACAGGAUGGUUGGACCAGAGACUGGACACAGGCAGGAUGGAUCUGCAGGAUCUGCAGCUGCCCAUCACAGACACAUAGCUUUGAGUCCGAUGAUACCUGUAGAUGAGGAGGUGGAGGCUGAGGAGUCCAAUCCAUUUUCCUUCGUGGAGUUCCUGCGCUCUAAGAACCAAGACCUGGAGCAGACACAUGGGAAGGAGGAGGAGGAGGAGGAGGAAGACUGGGGGAGGAGUCGUCAGUCCGCUGUGGACAGCACCUCCUCACUGUGCACAGCAGAGAAUGAAGAGGAGACGAGAUUCAACUAUGUUCAUGACGAGACACAUGCGGCUGAAGUGCACGGCACCUGUGGUGGGGGGAGGAGGAGGUGGAGCGGUGACAUGCAGCAGCUGAAGGAGGAGAACAUGUCUCUGAGGAGAACUGUCACGGAACUGCAGAGUAGAUCACAUGCUCACAAGCAAAGGCUGACAGAGCUGUCAAAGGAGCUGCUGCAGAGGAGGCAUCAGGAGGAGGAGGAGGCUCGGGACCUGGAGAGCAUGGUCCACUCUGUGGAGCAGAACCUCCACCUGAUGACGAAGCGAGCGCUGAAAGCAGAGAACAGUGUUUCCAAACUGAAGGUGGAGCUUCAGCAGCUGCAGGUGGAGGCAGAGUCUCUGCGGGUAGAGAACACUCGUUUGAAGGCAGCGGAGUCGCAGACACUCGUGAUGAUGAGACAAAACGCUCGGGUGGCAUCUGAGUAUCUGAACAAGACAGCGAGCCACGCCCACUCCUCCAUCCGUCAGCUGUUAGAGGAAGCACAAACCCUCCGUUUGGCCUCUCAACUCCUUCAGUCCAUCGACAAGAUCUCCAGCCUCCAUACAGACUCCUGAAUGCGUCACACCGAGACAACUCCCCGUUACUGAUGAUGUCACGGCAGACAGACCAGUCUGUGACUUGAACACAGCACUUUUAUAUUUACAGGGAAAUUAUUGUAUUAAAACACAAAUUUCAAGUGUUUUCAAGUGUGUUGGUAUUGGUUGACAUUUGACAACAAAUGUUUACUGCUCAGAAUCAGACUGAACCCUGGAAAAGGCAUAAAUGUCUGGGAUAUAAUUUCUGGAAUGACACAUGUGAUUCAAUAUGACAGCUUUAAUUCACAUAAUAAUAAAUGAGCACAUGGAGACCUUGAUGGCUGCAUGCACACAAAAAUCCCGUUUCUUAUUGAUGAAAUAGUUUAAGCUGAGAUCAAACAAUGAUGCCAAACUACACUCCAGUUUCAUCAGGCCAGCAACUAGCUGCUGUCUCCAUCUGUCGUCUCCAAUGCGUCUUCCAGCUCUGCAGUUCGCUCAGACGUCUGCGUUUGUCGUCUUCUGAGCGCGACACCACUGAGCCGAUCAGCUGCUCAAGCCGCUGACCAACACACAUGCACACACAAUGAGUUGCUGCACUUUAUAAUGUCCAUGUAUUUAAUAUGUUGUGUACCUUCACAGCUGCGUCUCUUUGCUCAGUCACAGCCGGAUGUCCCAUUGUGCAUCUGGCUGUGAUGUUGGCUGCUGUUGAUAAUGUGGUAACUGAUGGUGAUGGAUCAGUGGUGCUAAUCGUGGGGGGAAGCAGGAGCGUGAUUCCAGACCUGGUUCUGACAAAUGCACAAAUUCAUAGACUUCAUGUGUCUGAGCUGAACUACGUCUAUGAGAGUACAGUAUGUGUCAGCUGUCAAGCAGGAAGCUCUCCUUCUCUUUGCCAGCGUGUCUGUAAAAGCUGUGGGUCAGCGAGCUGCUCCUGAGUUAAACCUAUGCUAUAUAAGAGCUGACAGAGCUGCAAUGAACUAAAGGGGUGGUUAAAGGUCAGCUCAACGAGGUCCAAAGCUGUAACUCUGAGACGGGAGGACUCAGGGUCACAGCUAUCUGAUACGAGCUUCAUUAAAAAGCACUCACAUUAGCCAUCUUCGUAAAUGCAUGUUGGGACUGGAUCUGUACUUUGCUGGACGUGAACUUCAAACUGGAUCAGAACAACGUGUUCUCUGGAGUUGAUCAGCAGGUCAAAUUUCAGAUCUUACCUGUUUACUUUGCACUGCUUCUGUCCUGGUUCAGUUGUUGUUUCUAUGGAAACCACAGUGUCUUCAGACUGCUGUCCAUCACCUCAUUAAACAAGUCAGUAAAUGCUGAAUAAAUUUACCUAAAUCAGA